AUGGCUAAUUGCUUUAGCGAAGGGCGCCGUGCCAUCUUCGAGAGCCUGGCCGAGGUCUGCGACAGGAUCGAGGAGGGUAUGCGGGCAGAGCUUUCCCAUGAUCGACAGGAAAUAGAACAGUUAAGAAUUCGACUGCUCGAUACCGAGAGGCUGGAACUAGAGAACAAGGAACUCAGGUCUCAUAUUCAAAGGCUCCAGCGAAAGUCCGUCGCCCCCGAAACACCUCAACCUAGCAAGACUACAGCUCCUCGCCUAAAAGUGGGAGGCUUGGAUACGCUGCCCGACUCCAGUGAUACAAUUCUCCCACCCACUCCCGAAUUAACUAGUGUUGAUACCCGGACUAGCCUGCAAGGGCCUCGAGAUGAUAUAGACUGGAAGUUGCAAGCCGCCCGAAACGCAGCAAAAUACACCAGGCUACAAGUUGAGCUGAAGACUGCGAUAGACAUGCUCGCCAAGAGGAAAGAGGAACGGGACAAAUGGAAGCAUUUUGCCGAGCGACUCCAGAAACGGAUCCAACUCCUGGAAGCCCGCCUUACUCAAGGGGACCUGCGAAAACUUGACUCCACUGCCUUGGCCGAGAAAACGGAAACCGAGUCUCUGAUCGACCCCGUUGUUACUGCAGAGCCACGGAGCCCAAACGUACAGACGUCCCGGCCACAGCGCCGGUCGCGCAAAGGACUUGACGAUGGUGUAGGCGCGCUCGCAGAGGAUGGCGCAAAUUACGGGCCAUCACCUCCCAACCAAAUCGCAACACCGAGGACCAACUGCGGCUCGAGCAGGCUCACAAGUCUCUUGAGCGGCGCCUCAAAACCGGUGGGAUCCCCGGUUAUCAAGCCGUCUUUCCAGAAGCCGGGUACGCCUCGAUCCCUUCUCCAACCACCAACCGCUCCGCAACCGCGGACUACCCCGGAUGCGGCACCGGCAUGGCUUCAGACACCACAACCAAGAGAGUUGCCUUUUGACAGGAUCACUGGGGAGAAAACAAAAUCAACUCCAAAACAAACCCCUAGGAGAAAGGCAGGCCCCUCCUCCGCUAUCGGGUCCAAGCCAGACGGGAUCCCGCACACGGCCCAGAGUCGCAUCCGUGCGAAGGCCCUCUCACUUUUACAACUAGACGACUUCAAGAUUAAUCCUGCCUUCAACGGCGGGCACGAUUUCGCAUAUAGCGAAGUGGUGAGAAAUAAAGAAGAGCGCGCAGGCCUUCCCGGCUGUGUAGAUAUGGAUUGCUGCGGCAAAGGGUUCCGAGCUAUGGCUCUUGCAGAGCGUGGAAACGGGCGCCGGACAGCGGAGCAGCUCGUGGAGGACAGGAAACUUCUCGAGCAGUUUCUAGGAGAUGAACGUCAUCGGCUAUUCAGUAUGACAAAGGAAGAACGGGUCGAGCUUUGGGUCAAGGCUAAGACACAGGAGCUUGCCAACAGGAUCGGCACGCAUCGUCAUCGCUUUGGCCGGAUGAAAUCACCGCCAGGCUUUUGGAGGACGGAUUUUCCCGAAACGCAAGAGCUGGAAGAAGAUAGGGCUCAGGCUGCCAGACAAGAAAGGGAGAUGAUUCAAGAAAGAUAUCAAGAGGCAGUGCGUCCUGGAGGCAAGUGGAUAUUCCGCGAUGAAUUAGUCAUCGCGGGUGGUCAAGGCGGCAAGGCCAAGCCAAGCUCCUUGCAGCCGCGAAUAAACUCCGGCUUAAAUUUUGCAUUUUCUCAAGGCGCAGAAAUGUCCUCGAAUUGGGAGGCACCCACCAUUCCAACAUCAUCCCAGCGCGCCAGUUUCCAUUCGCAACGCGAUCUAUUCUUUGUCUUUUCCUCCAUUUAG